CACUUCUCUUACCCUGCACAUGCAUACGCACACGCACACGCACUUUUUUUUAACAUCAGUCCCUCCUGCAGCCUGAUCUGAACGCUUCCUGCAAUCCCAUUCAAACCACGUUCGGUGAGGGGAAGGUCGGGAAUAAAUAACCUUGGGAGCCCCCAGGCACACACCUACUUUCUCCUUACCCAAUCUAGCUCCACGCCUCCUGCCAACCGGAUUCCUAUUUUGUCGCUAGAAGGACCACAUCAUGGCAGGAGGACUGAAGAGCACCGAACCAGAGGAGGAGUUUGUGCACUCGCCCUUCAUCCGCAAGCAAGGCAACAUUUACAAGCCCAACAACAAGAAGCCGGACGGCGACAUGGACAACGACAGCCUCAACGAGAAGUCCAUGAUGGACGACGUGCACACCAAAGAGAUCGACCUGGUCAAUCGAGAUCCGAAGCACGUCAACGACGACGUGGUCAAGGUGGACUUCGUGGACGUGAUCGCUGAGCCGGCGGGCACGUACAGCUUCGAUGGCGUGUGGAAGGCCAGUUUUACCACCUUCACCGUCACCAAGUACUGGUGCUACCGCCUUCUGACGGCGCUGGUGGGCAUCCCGCUGGCGCUGAUUUGGGGCAUCUUCUUCGCCAUCCUGUCUUUUGUGCACAUCUGGGCGGUGGUGCCCUGCAUCAAGAGUUACCUGAUCGAGAUCCACUGUGUCAGUCGCAUCUACUCCAUCUUCGUGCACACCUUUUGCGACCCGCUCUUCGAGGCCAUGGGCAAGUGUUUCAGCAACAUGCGGAUCACCACCAGCAAGGGGGUGUAGGCGCCAUCCUUGGGGGGUGGGUGGGUGGGGGGGGGAUCGGAUGAAGGUGGGGCCAGAGUCUGAAAGGACCUUCUUACAGGUUGGACAUUCCAAGCUAAGGGACAGGGAGUGGGGUGGUAUUUCUUUGUGUUUUACAUUUUUUUUUUCCUUCAUGUUUUGAUCUAUUCGUAUCCUGGUACACACAAAAGCCCCCUUCACGCUGGCGAUGGAAGCCAGCUUUUUCCUCGUUCACAGUCAUAUGCGUAAACGAUGGCGGGUAGUUGAAGUCGACACAUGACGUUGCUGUCUUUGGAUAUUUCUCAGUUAUAUCUCAUUAUCUGAAC